AUGGUUUUAGUCGUUGAUUUGUUGCACCCAACUCAAGAAUCUGAACUCAAGAAACACAAAUUGAAGACCUUGGUUCAAGCCCCAAGAUCUUACUUCUUGGAUGUCAAAUGCCCAGGUUGUAUGGCCAUCACCACCGUCUUCUCCCACGCUCAAACCGCUGUUACCUGUGACAAAUGUACCACUGUCUUGUGUCAACCAACUGGUGGUAAGGCUAGAUUGACUGAAGGUUGUUCUUUCAGAAGAAAGUAA